GGAGGGAUGUCACGAGUUAUGCGUUAUGGUUAAUGGGUUAUGGGUUUGUGGACACUAAUGGUUGGGUUGGGGUGGGGCUGGGUUUAUGGCGUUUUUUGUUGCUUUGGUAUGGGAGCGGAUUGGUGCGUUUGGGGGUUAAUUGGGCCUGGUUGGUUUGGGAUGGUUUGUUUGGUAUGCUGGUUUUGGGGUUUUAGUUUUGAGUUAUGAGUCUUAGGAGGCUAUUGUGGUGUUGAGUGUUGCUGGGCGGUGGGCGUGUGGAAUGGUAUUGUUUCGAAAAGUUUCCUGGGGGCACUGGAGAGAGCGAGUAGUGGAAUAGGUGUAAAUUUUCGAAUCGGAGCACCACUGUAAAGGAGAUGGCUU